AUGGCUACCAGUUUUCCCUACCCAGAAUCAGUACAUUCCAAACGCCCCAAGACAGCUUCGGUAUUGAAAGCAUUUAUGCAUAAGCGCACAACUUCUGACGGUUCGACUCUUUCACCCGCGACUUCACCAAAUGACGUUUUUGUAGCCUCUCCAGCCUUCGAAGAUAUGCCAUCGCCGUCGGAUUAUACCCACCAUCGCGCUCUCGCGGAUAUACAACGUAACCAGCAAACGUCUUCAAUCAUUUCGCCGUAUACUACCUCACAGCAAGAGGGACUUCGACCUAAAACCGGUUAUGCGGGUAAAGGAUUGCAUAAGAAGACAAUGAGUGUAUUGUCACUCAAGUCAUUGGCAGGCCCAGCAAAGGAGCCUACCAAGGGAACAUCAAUUCGGGACAAACCUACGAAACCCAAAAAGACUAAAUCCUCGACAAGUCUUGUUGGACUCCUCACUCGCCCGAGGUCCUCGAAGAACCUUAAGUUGGAUGUAGAGCUGGCACAGCGCGAUUCGAAGGAUAAGGAGAACCAGACUCCGGUGGUCACAUCGCCUGUCCCAGAAUCCGCGACUCGUGCUGCGCGACCACCAAUAUAUUCACAAUUCUCGAGUGACAUGUUCACAAAACAACCUUUGGGAGGUAAAUUCUUAGAGGAUCAAAUCGACCUUCACACACCCGAGAACCAUUCGCCCACUAAACAACGAAGCUUUUAUAAUGGACAAAGCUCACAACCGAGUCUUGCAAGCCGGGAAGGUGUCUCGAUACGGCCGCAUUCCACAUAUUUACCCAGCAGUUUCAGUAUCCAAGACAUUCAUAGAAACAUUAGUGGGGAAAGCAAAAACAGAUGCAGUGUUGACAUUCCAAGGCGACAAGUCUCGACGGAAAAGAAACCGAGUUUGGAUUAUCGAACUUCAAUGGAUUUAAGACCGAGACCAAGCUUUCAACGAUCUAGCACCGAAACAUCAGUUGCAUCAAUCAAAACAUCAAGUAGUACUCGAGGCUCUCGAGUCAUGGCAGCAGUUUCCAACUUUACCGCAAAGGCAAGAGGGGAUAGUGGAGUAUAUGUUCCAGUACAAACACCGACCUCUGCGACAUUUGGGCCCGACAGACCUCUCAAUGAUAGAGAUAUCGACACCGAAUUCGAGGCUAUGUUGGAUAGGCGGAACAUCCCAGAGCACCAACGUGGAAAGAUGAGAAAUCUCGCCAAAUCCAUGAAGAAAGAUUUUAUAAGACAAGAUUGGGCCGAAACCGCUGCCGCGAGAAAUGUUAGGCCAGUCAGUCAUGGUAGUGACACAAGUGGUGAAAAUGCAAAGGUCGAGGAAGCACCAGAGGUGAAGAAAAAGAAGAGACCAAGAAGUCGAACCUUUACACUCUCGAGAUCCACUAGUAAGGAACGACCAGCCGAAAAAGAUAAAAAGGCAGAAGGUGUUGUGGGAAACAGGAAAUCUGCAGAGUCUUUGAACGGUGGAAGUAAAUCACUUACUUCUGCUGGCGCGCAAGUAGCACAGAAUUUAAUUGCCAAGGCCAAGGGUCAAACACCGGAUGAUUUCGUCUCAUACUUGAGGAAGGUUCAGAAACCAGAAUCGGUGGAAGUAGGAAGGUUACAUAAGCUCAGGCUGUUGUUACGGAAUGAAACAGUAGCCUGGACUGACAAUUUCGUUCGUCAAGGUGGAAUGGAAGAGAUAGUGGGACUACUACAUAGAACUAUGGAAGUUGAGUGGAGAGAGGAGCAUGAAGAUGCUUUAUUGCAUGAAGUUUUGCUUUGCUUGAAAGCACUAUCAACCACGGCUUUAGCACUUCAACAUCUUAACAUUAUUCAGAAGACUCUUUUCCCCGCACUUCUUCAUAUGCUUUUUGACGAGGAGAAAAAGGGGCCAGCGGAAUUUACUACUCGAAACAUUGUCACUUCACUUUUGUUUACUUACCUCAAAUCCGCCACCCUUAGCGAACGCGCAACCAGAGCUCGAUUUCUCCUCUCCUAUCUUCGCGACCCUGAACCAAGUGAAUCACAACGCCCUGUUGACUUCGUACUUGAUAUGCGUCGACAGCGUCCUUAUCGCGUUUGGUGCAAAGAAGUUAGUAAUGUUACUAAAGAGGUCUUUUGGAUCUUUCUACACAACCUCAAUGUGAUUCCUCGCCCAGAUUCCCGCCAUUCUCCAGAACGACACGAUGAUACCCCACCUGAUCUUCCAUAUAUGAUCAAGCACUUCCCACAAGAACUUCCUCCAGUUCCAGCUGCACCAUAUGUUGGAGGUGUUGAAUGGGAUGCAACAAAUUAUCUUGCUUCUCACCUUGACAUUGUUAAUGGCUGCAUUGCAUCUCUGCCCACUCUUGAAGAACGUAAUCAAGUCCGCGAAGAAUUAAGAGUCUCCGGGUGGGAAAAGUGUAUGGGCUCUACUUUGCGUCUAUGUAAAGAGAAAUUUUAUGGUGGCGUACAUGCGGGCUUGAGAUGCUGGGUCGCGGCUGCAAUUGAAGAUGGUUGGGAGACUAAGGAUGUGAGAUGUGGUCCUAGUCCUGAUAACAAAAGUCCAGUGCGAAAAAAUAUCACACCAAAGAAAGUGGCUGGUGCGGGUGUGGAAAAUGCUCCUCCUAAGAUUGAUAUGAAGUUGAGUUUCGCACAGAGCAGAGGUGAUAAUGGGGGAGAUGCUUGGCUUUGA